AUCAUUUCCACUCAAGAAAAAUUACCAAAACUUGGUAAACCGAAAAAUGGCCACAUUCCUACUCCUAAUCCUUCUCCUACCAAAUCGUCAGAAAUGAAGCUUCAUCAUAAUUCUGGUGAUACAAGCCAUUUUCGUGUAGUAUCUUCUGGUGGUCCUGCCACUCAAAUACGAUGGCGAAGCAUUUCCGUUGGUGGUGGACCUACACCUACCCAAUCCGGCGAUAUUCCUUCCCCCCAACAAUUCUCUCAAUCUGUCACUUCAACUACUUCUCCUCCUCACAAAAAUAUUCCUCCUUCAAGACGAAAACAGAAUUCUGAUCCUUCUUCUUUAGGAUUCGAUACUUUUCGCCUUUCAAAUAAACGUGGUCAACAAAAACAAGAUAGAUCUCAAUCUCCAAAUGCUAAUUGGUCAUGGUCUUCUCAAAAUAAUAAUUUAUCAAAUAGCAAUAUUGGUACUCAAGAUAAUAAUAAUCCCG